AUGUAUUUAACUAGACAAGGACAAGUGAGGACAAAGUAUGCAUUUCAACAAAAGAGUUUUCACGAUAAUGUGAAUAGAUAUAAUUUUGAGAAGAAAACCAUUGUCAUUGAUUAUAGCAACGUUGACAUUGAGAAAUAGAUUCCGGAAUAGUAUACAAAAUAAAAUUACAAAUAUUGCUCUCAGAUUAGCAAUGUAGAUUAUCAAUACGAUAUCCUUAUUAUUAAUCCAGCAUUGAGUGAUUAGUUAAAGACAGAUGGGUUUCAAGUGGUAGAAAUCCAGGCUCCAGUUUUGCCAAUAGAAUAGAGGAGAUUUUUGAGUGAUUAUAACACUUAAGAAUAAAAGCUCUUAUUGAUUCAUAAGACAGUGAUAUCACAAAUUAAUGAGGAGAGAGAUAUCUUGAUCUAUUGUAUGGAUUCUAAUGAGAUUGAGUAUCUCAGAGUCUUGUUUGAGCAAUGUUAACUUAGGGUAAUAGUUAAGAUCAGCCAUGAAUUCGACAACCUAUUCGAUAGACUUAUGCAUCAACCUAAUUACUAAAACACGGUUUUCUUGUUAAUGGAACCUCAACAAUUGGAAUCCUAUAACAUCACUUUGAUAAUCCACACAAAUUAGAGAGAAGUUAUUAAGAAGAGGGAAGACAACACAGUUGAAUAUUCAUAUCAAACCUUGAGCCAAGUUGAUUUAUCAGUACGAGAAAUCUCCAGAUCAAACAGCGAAGGAGUUAUGAUUUAUUAUGCCUUUUCUGAAUAGCAAUUCCUACAAUUGCCAAUAGAAGCUUAGGAAUCACCAAAGGCGGAUUUGGAGAGUGACAACUUUGAAAAACUGUUGUGUAAUCUGAGUAAAUAAGAGGAUGCUAGGCAAUUGCAUAAAUUCGCAGUUAUGAUUGCUGCUUUAUUUACAUCUGGUUAAUUGUUGUAGGUAUUUGACAGACAGAGUUUACAGAAGUAAUUGAACAUCAAAUAGAGUUCAUAUUGGACUAAACAAGGAGAUUAUCAUUCAUGGUAUAAUAUAGUGAUGCAGAUAAUUGAAUUGUUGAAUUCAGGUGAAGAUGAAAAGAUUUCAAGCAUCAUUAAGAAAUUCUGCAAUGAUAACAAAGUCAACUUAAUUAAGGCUUUAUUGAUAAUUGCAAAACUCAAGUACUUCUCUUUUCUCUAUGAAAUCGAGGAUCUUGAUUUCAUAGACGGUCUCCAUUAACUGAAUUUGAAGAAACAAUCAAGCAGCAUUGAUGGAUUUUAAACUGAUAAUGAGUAUUAAUUAGAAUAGUUAUUUCCGAUUGCCAGAGAUUGCAAAAUGCACAAAUAUUCGAUAUAGAAGAUCUUUAAGAUUAAUCUUCCAUAAUAUAUUCUAGGAAUUAAGGAAGACUAAGUGCUUUAUUCGGCUCAAGCUGAAAACAAGUUCAGGAAGAUUUCAGUUUAGGAACACAUAGUCUAGAACAUUUGUUCUGCAGUAAUGAAUUUAUUGUGGAAUGAUGAAGACUCUGAAAUAUCAAAAUUAGAACACAAAUAUAAAUGCAUCAUAGAACCAUUCAAUAUCAACAAUCUUGUCAUCUAUGCUGAUAACAGUAAGCAAGUUGAAGAGGACUUGCUCAGUAUUAUUUCUAAUUUCAAACUACAAUUGAGUCAAUAGAUUAAGGAAUAUGAAUAUCAGAAUUCAAACAUUAGAUUCAUCAUAUCCAAUGGAGGACUGAUUGAAAAGUGUUAUUACUCCAAUAAUUCCAUCUUAGAAAUUAGUUAACUUAGUUUGGAGACUAAAGAGGCUGAAAUCAGAAGCUUGAUUGAACCUUAUUCUCAAAUCAAUUCACUGAAUCUAAUCCCUUAUAAAACAACUUAAACUGCUUAGAUUGACUUGAGAGACAAAGAUGCUACUCUAGAGAUUAUUAAUGAUCUGGAUGAGACUGAAUUUUAGGGAUCCACCAUAAAGGUUUCAUCUACUUACAUAAAGAGGGAAUAGAAUAAAAAGUUCCACCCUUACAUCAUCAAACUCUCGUGGUUCAUAUAUCAUUGUAAAGGCAAUGCUGAGAUUACUUUCAACAACGAAAUGGCUGCCCAAGAAUUCUAUAAUCAAUAUAAUGACACUAUUUUGGAUGGCAAGAAGAUGAUCAUGCAACUUAACAAUGACGUUGUACAGAUCUCUAAUUUAACUCAGUUCAUCACAGAAUUGGAUCUCUUCAGAUUGAGUACCAAAAUAAAAUCUAUCAAUAUUUCUAAAUCCAUCUUAUAUGAACCUAAAUUUGAUAUAUUCCAAAAGGUAGAAUCACUUUUAAUAGAUGAAAAUAGAAAACAUCAUGUUGGAUAUAAGCAUCAAUAACUCUACAGAAUUAGAAAUUAAAGGAAGGAUUACAAAAGAGUCUUAAAAUUGGGAGUGCCAUCCAUAAAUUUUGUCAAUUCUGCUUUGACUAAUUUUAAUAAUUUGCUUAUCCAAUUAGGAUUAUAGUAGGUUAAAUUAUAUUGUGAGGCUCAAUAUAGACAUCAAUACAAAGUGAAAUAGGAUUUUAUAAAGUUUGUGAGAAAUAAUAUAAAGUCAAUACAAUAGAAAUUUAAUAACCUCUUUAGAAUUGAGUAAGUAGACAAUUCAGACUCUGAUAUUGAGUUGCAAUUAGUCUCCGAUAAUUAUUUGGUGUUCUCCAAAGUGAGAGAUACAAUCCAAAACAUCAUCGAUGGUUAUGUGAUUAAUUUUGGAGAAUUGAAUACUAUUCUCUUUAGCGAUGUUGGGUAACAAUUCCUUUAAGAAUUGGAAAUUCAAAAGAGUGUCAUCAUAAGUCUUGAUCAAUUCAAGAAAAUAAUCAAGGUCUAUUGUUUGGAUGAUCAAUUCUAAGAAUUAUAAGAUAUCAUCAAAUUGUUUUUGGAAUCCAAUUCAACAAUCACAGUCCGAUUGACUCCUUAGAAACUGAAGAAAUUGUUGGGAGACGAUUAUUAAGGGUUGAUAUUUCUGUAAUAAAAGUUCAAGUUAACUGAUGUGAUUCCAAUUAAGAAAAACAACUAAUUAAAAUUGUCAGGACAAGCCAAGCAUCUAGAGGAAGCCAUUUAAUAAUUGCAGGCCUUUUUAGAAUCUAAAGACGAAAAUAUUGAAAACCAAUCUAUGAAUUAAGAGAACACAUGUUGUUAUUGUCUUAAUCAAAUGAAACAACCUUACAUUCUCACAAAUUGUAAUCACAAAUUCUGCGCUGAAUGUUUGAAUUAUGACUUUUCAAAUUCAAUCAAAGACAUCAGUUCCUUACCUAUCAAAUGUUCUCUAUGUUAGAGUCUUAUUUUAUUAGAAGACAUUUAGAACAUCUUAGGUUUGGCCAAAUAUGAGAAAUUAGUAGAAUUGUCAAUUAACAAAUAUGUCAAUGACAUGAGAGGAGUAUUGAUAUUCUGUUUCAAUCCAGCAUGCUCAAAUAUUUUAAGAGUGAAAGGAGAUGCAGUCUUUUGCGAGAAUUGCAAAGUCACAUAUUGUUUGAAAUGUAAAGUGCAGAUGCAUUACGGAAUGACAUGUUGGGAGUAUUAAACAGGCGAUUAAAAGAUAAUGGAAGAAUUGAUGAAGAAGGAAGAUAUACGUUUUUGUCCUGUUUGCCGGUCUUUAGCAUAAAAAAUAUCAGGAUGCAUGUCCGUGGCUUGUUCUAGUUGCAAAAAGUAUAUCUGUUGGAAGAACCUGCCGAAUAGUACUAAACCUUGUAUGAAAGUGUUCGAUGGUUCAACAGAAUGUCAUCAGCAUCUAACUAAUGUUCAUGGUGGGUAUUAUUGA